AGAGAAGCACCAGCCAGUCAGUCCGAACACAGGAACCGCUGGCGAGACUUUCCACUCAGACAGCAAGACAGGACGGGGCUGUGGGUGAGGAAAAAAAAAAGCCUGUAGCGCGGAGAGGACACCGACUGAGCCCCGGGGACAUUUAACGGGGAAGAGCCAGACGAAGGGAGCGGUCUUUUUGAACUUCAGCGUCCGCCGGCUCUGCUCGGCUCCUCGGUCACAGACUUGAAGCACUCGCUGUGGCUGGCUGGCAGGUUAGCUAACCCCGCUAGCUCCUCGGCUAACACCCACCGCUCCUCGCAUCUCUUCUCACGGGGAGAAACCGCACCUGUCCCGACUGUCAGUGUCACGGUGUCCUGUCGUAAGCUCCACACAAUGUGCUGCUCAAUUCCGCAUUACUUUUUACACCCGAGGGGGGUUUUAUCACACACUUUGUGAUAGCUCAAGCAGUUCAAGCUAACAAGUUGACGUGGAGGAGGAACUCUAGAUUUUUUUUUUUUUUUUUUUUUUUUUGUUUGGAGGAUUGUCGAGAUUGUUGGUUUUAUUCAAGCUGUGAUUCCAUUGGGAUUACUUUUGGUUUGCUUUCCCCGAAGUGGACUAGUGUCUGUGGUGAUCCUCAACAAAACGUCCAGGUUACAAACCAGCCAAUUAGCUAUGUUUAUUUGUGGCCAGAAAGUCAUUUCCAGUGUUUACAAAUUCCACAGUGGGACUCUUUCCUGGUUCGAGUACUGCAACGGAAACAUUAGCUAACACAGACUAGCUCAGAUUAGUGUCGUCGUGUUUUGUUUACUAGAUAGAUAGAUAGAUAAACAGUUGCCAAACAGUUUAACCACAAGGAAAGCUGCAAAUCUAGCGUUUUUAUUACAAACCAGUCAGAUUUUCUUGUACCUGCAUAUCUGAUAGAACUGCAGACGAGACUGCACAGGUUUUAUACGCACCUGGAAAAAAAAAAAAAAACUCAACACAACACAACAGAGGGUGUCUGAUCGCCCCCUUUUACCUCCACUUGACAGUGAAGUCACGUUGAGUUGUGUCCCGCAGGGAGUUGAUCCAUUGAUCGGAUCGUCAUUGUGCUAUUUUAGCUGAUUGAGGAAAAGCAGAGGGAGCGAGGCAGAGACACAGAGAUGUCGGGCCAAUCUAUCACCGAUCGGAUCGCGGCAGCUCAGCACAGCAUGACCGGGUCUGCGAUCAGCAAGGCUGUGUGCAAAGCCACCACACAUGAAGUCAGCGGACCCAAGAAGAAACACCUUGACUAUCUGAUCCACUGCACCAAUGAGAUGAACGUGAACAUUCCCCAGCUGGCGGACACGCUGUUUGAGCGCACAGCCAACUCCAGCUGGGUAGUGGUCUUCAAAGCCCUUAUCACCACCCACCACCUCAUGAUGUACGGCAACGAGCGUUUCAUCCAGUACCUGGCCUCCAGAAACACUCUGUUUAACCUGAACAACUUCCUGGAUAAGGGAGCUCUGCAAGGUUAUGACAUGUCGACCUUCAUCAGACGAUACAGCCGUUACCUGAACGAGAAAGCCAUGUCCUACAGACUUGUGGCUGUGGAUUUCACCAAGAUGAAGAGGGGAAUUGACGGUGUGAUGCGCACCAUGAACACAGAGAAGCUGAUCAAGACGCUGCCCAUCAUUCAAAACCAGCUGGAUGCUCUGCUGGAUUUCCAGGCCAACCCUAAUGAGCUGACCAACGGUGUGAUCAACUCAGCCUUCAUGCUACUCUUCAAAGACUCUAUAAGGCUGUUCGCUGCUUACAAUGAAGGGGUCAUCAACCUAUUGGAGAAAUACUUUGACAUGAAGAAGAACCAGUGUAAAGAUGCCCUGGAUAUCUACAAGAAAUUUCUUUACAGGAUGACAAAGCUGUCAGAGUUCCUGAAAGUGGCUGAGCAAGUUGGAAUAGAUCAGGGUGACAUCCCAGAUCUCUCACAGGCCCCCAGCAGCCUCCUGGAGGCUUUAGAGCAGCACCUGGCCUCUCUGGAGGGCAAGAAGACCAAGGAACUGAAUGCAGACACCAGAGCAUCCACUCUGUCAAGUGCUGUCUCGUCUCUCUCCUCCACCGGCAUGUCCUUCAGCCGUAUGGACGAGAAGGAGAAGCAGCAGGCAUUGGAGGAGGAACAGGCCAGACUGCAGGCACUUAAGGACCAGCGCCUGAAGGAGAUCAGCAUGCAGACUCCGCCCUCCGCCUCCCCCAGCAGCCUGUCGAUAGGCAGUGCCAACAACAACCACAUCACACAAACCCCAGAGUUGUUCAGCUCCACGCUGUCUGCCAACAGUGUGCCCAAUCUGAACAGUGACCUGUUUGAUCUUCAGCCGGCCUUCAUCCCUGCUGUUCAGAGCACUCCUUCCAUCUCCACUGCCAACAGUGCCUGGGGAGGAUUGGAGAGCCAGCCCCUGCAGCAGACCACCGCAGCCAUGACUGUAGAUUUCGAUGCUGUGUUUGGGAAUAAUGGCGCUCCCAGUAACAACGGCCCGCAACCUGCAGCCGGUUUUGAUGCUCUAGGAGACCUGUUGAAGCCUACGAUUCCCACUCACACUGCGCCGCCUCCUCCUCCUCAAAUGGCAAUCCAUCCUGGAGGAAAGCUGCUCGCCAACGACCUGGACUCUUCUCUGGCUAACCUCGUGGGCAAUCUGCAGUUUGGUGGGACCCCAGCCAAGAAGCCAGAGAUGCAGUGGAGUCAGCCUGGAGAGAAGAAGCUGACCGGGGGCCAGAACUGGCAGAAUAAGACCAUGUCGACCACACAGUGGAGCCCAGCACCCAUGGCCCCACAGCCGAUGCCCGUGCAACAUGUGAAUGGAAUGUUCUAUACUAGUUAUGCUCCAGCUCCCAUGGCUUUCCCCAUGACCACACCGCAAGUGCCUGUGUAUGGAAUGGUCCCUCCCCAGAUGGGUCAGAUGGGCGGGGUACCAGUGAUGGCUCCUCAGCCAAUGAUGUACAACCAGCCUGUUCUCAGACCCACAAACCCCUUUGCACCCAUGCCCGGAGCCCAGAUGCAGUUUAUGUAAUCCAGCGAGGAAGGAAGCAGAGUGCCAAAAGCGACAAACAAACAAACAGCGGAAGAAAACACACGAGAGGGCGGUCGGAAUGGAUGGAGGAAUGACUCGAGCUGAAAGAUGACGCGAAAGACAGACGAACAGAACCGACACCAAAAAACAAGUUGGGAUAAGGAGUGGAUGACACCGCAGAGGAUGGAGGGAUGAUGGGAUGUGACGGGGAGGACGCCUUCAUGGCUGGUCGUUGUCUGAAACAAUUGCACGCUCGUGUGCUUCUUUGUGUCGUAUUGUCCGAUUUGUGUUUUAAAUCCUAAAGACGGAGGGAUGUUUCAGGAGAGGGAAUAAGGAUGGGAAAAGAAACGAGGAGAGAAAAGAGGGGAUUGAGGAAAUCCUACCUCUGCUUUUCAGUCAGUGAGCAUCUCCGCUGCAGAAUUAGCUUUAUUUCAUACUGGUGCUAUUUUGUCCUCUCUGGGUUACUGUCCGCCUGCAAAGGCAUCUGGGAGCAUUUAAGAGAGGACACGUGUUUGUUUAAUAUGCGUGUUGGGAUGUGUAGAUGUGAGAUCUCGUGGUGUGUUUGUGUGUGGUGCAGUUGUUUCAGACAAUACGUUUGCAGCCGACCAGUCACAGUCCCUCCCCCUCCAAAUCCCCACCCUCAUUCGCUGUUUGUGUUCGCAACUGUCCAAUCAAAGUGCGUGUCCCUAAUUUACUGCUCUGUCGGGAUAUCUUUGUAUUUUUCAAUCUGUUUUCUUCUGCAACCUCUCCUGUGACAUCGGGGCUUGUAUGGCAAUUUCUUGAACCAUUUGUUAAUAGUAGUGUUUGUUAUCAUGGUUUUUAAGCUAAAGUCUUUGUUAAUCAUGCUGCAUUGUUUUUACCCCUCAAAGAUACAGAUGCACAAACGGAGAGACAGGGCUCAGUGGUGACAACAUGCUAGCACGGUACAGAGUCAUCGUAAUUACAUAUGAACCAAAUACAAAGUAUAAUUUUGCAUAUUUUUCUGGGACAGAAAUGACUUCACCUGUGGUGCUGUCGAAUGGAAAAAAUGUGUAUUUUUGUCACACUUAAGAGGCUACAGAGUGUUUAUUUUCUCCUGUUAGCUCCCUGUUUCCACCUGGAUGGGCAAUGGUUUCUAAAAUCAGAGCUUUUUCAUUAAGAACAACCUGGCAGAUGCACAGUAUCUGCCGGUGUUUCACGACGGCAGCACUGACUGAGUCAAAUGCAACUGAGUUAAUUCACUUUACAUUGCACUGAAACAAAGUAACUGGCUGUAAGUCCGACAGCCAGACAACACUGAACCUUUGGCAUCACCCUCGCUCUGUGUUUCCAGGAAAUUAGAUGAUCAAAUUAGACUCAUGUAAGAGGUCGUGGCCAUUCCUCCGCCAAAGCAUCUGUCGCCAUGAUGUCGGUGUUUUUGUGCUUAAUGCAUUUUAGCGUGUUCAUGUGUACACUGUUGCGUGUGUAUGUUUUUUCCAUUGAGGGCUAUUUCUGAGGGUCAAAUUGUGUCAAAUUUCGAGCCAAAUUUGAGCCAGGGAACUUGACACGAAAACGUGCUUGUUUUGUUUAGUUUUUUUUUUUUUUUCUUUUUUUUUGUAUGGAAAAAAAAAAUCAAUUUUAUUUUGUUGCGAAAUGCACAUACAAAAAUUUGCACUGAAUCCUGCCGCCGUAGAGCUGUCGUCAGUUUUUCUGGCGCGUAAAAGAGAUUUGAAAUUUGUAGAAACAGUUUGGGGUUUUCCAGUAAAUAUAAUAAUGAUUUUGUCUAAUCUACCAGCCACUUUGGCAGGUAACUAAAAGUUACUUUUCUGCCAUUCUAACAAUGAACUUGAACUUUUUUGUAAUCCUCUCCCUGGUCCUGGUCCUGGUCCACCGUCUACUGCCCUGCCAUCAGUAAUAGUCCAGUCAUAUUGCGUUCAUCAUUCUGCUGUGAAAUCUCUACACUCUUCACCUCUGUCUAGUAGAUCUCUCUCUGAUAUGCUCUUAGCCUGCUUCGUCACUGUUACGUAUGUGUAGAUAUGUAAAAAAAAAAAGAACAUAUAGUAGUAAUAAGCAGUUUCUGUCUAGAAUGUCCACUCAUCUCUGUCGCUGUUGAUAGGUAUUGCUCUUAGACACUUCUUGUCGCGGUCUUGUGUUAGCUCUAGACACGGUUCAUAUUAUCCUCCCUGACACCUGUAGAAGACCUCUCUCUGUAGGUUUCCCACCUCGUCCUCCCCCCCCCCCCGUCAGUGUCUAGUAUCUAUAGCUCUAUUAUCUCUCUCGUCGUCUCUGUCCUGUAGCUGUAAACAAACCCUCUCUGAUGCCUCCUGCUCAGGCUUUGUGGUUUUUCCUGCUUCCAGUGCACUCUUACUUCUUGCCGUUAGCAUCGCUACUCCAACCAGUUAAUAAGAUCCUUUUUUUUUUUUUUUUUCCCCCCCUCCUCUCAAAAUCAACCAUCUCCACCUGUCGCUAUGAUGUCAGCAGCCUGCAAACCCGUCUCUGAUUGGACUGUUGAACCUAGACAGCGAAUCAGACGCUUGGAUAUCCAGGUUUUUGUUUCUUUUGUUACGGGAAAAAAGUUUAUGUACUUUUCUAGAAGGACAUCUUUGGAAAUGAGCUUUGGUAACUGCUAGUAGAUUUCCACAGCAGCUGGAAAGGUCAACCAGCUGUUGUUAGGGUUACAUAUACGUAGAAUUCAUUAGGAAAAACUAAGUGGCAAGACACAAGGGCAUCCUCACUGUCCAGCCAAACCUAGCUUGUCCACAUCACUACAAUCAACAAUCCUUUUUUCUAAAUUUGCACUUUGGUUCCAAGUUACAAAACUCAUAAAAACCCCCUUAAUGGAUUUUGGUGUUUUUGGUGCCAGACUGAUCUCCAAUAAUAGCUCUUUAUUUUUUAGGACAGCUGUCUUAACUGUCUCUAAUCUGUCAUCAUGAAUCUGCACUUGAAAGAGAAGCCAUUUUUGUUGCGCUGAUCCAGAAAGAGGUCGCCGUCGCCUCGGAUCGAAAAACAAAACGACUUCACGACAGGUGCAACUGCAGAUGCAGUGUUUAUUUGCACCUCUUCAGAAGACAAAAGGACUUGUUUCAGUUAAUCCAACUGAAUUUCAUGUUUGAUCUGAACUUUUUCGGUUUUUGAAAGGAACAUACUUUAAGUUUUAAUCUUAUGUCCCUCUCUUUUUUUUUUUGAGUCCAACACUGUUUCCCCAUGUUGUAUAAAUCUUUAAAUUCCUCUGCAUGGAGUCUAGUCCUGCCUUUGUGGAUUUUCUUUGUAUGUCUGGAGUGGUUUUACAUUGGUCAAGUCCGGCAGAUUGAGAGGAGACAGCCGUGGUCAACUUGUGACUUUUUUUAAGUCCCAUAAACGUUCCUGGCUCGUCUUGUCGUCUCUUUAGCGUCGAUGUAAGUGCCAGCGAUUAUUCCAGCCUCAUUGUGUAGGUCAUUCUGAGGACUUGUUACAGUAUUUAUCCAGGGAGGGGUUUUUGACCGAGCAUGCAGGCUCUUUUUCGGCAACUCCCUUUCCUCGAAAUCAGACACUUUCUUUUCGUACAAUGUUGGGAAAUCCCCAAAUCUUAAACCACUGUUUUCGGUGUUGGCUACUGAGCCCAGACCCUUUCGUUUCAGUUUCAACAAAGCAGAUGGAGCCGCUCUUGGACUUUUUCCUCUCAGCCGCUGCCGCCUCUCCGCGUUGUUGUAGCAUGAUUAAAGAUGGUGAAGGAUACACAUAUACGGACAAACCUUGAUGUCAAACUAAAAGCGUCCGCUCUCCGCUAAGGCCCAGUGUAUCCGACGUUCAGAGACUGAACUCUUCUCUGGUGAGCCGUCACCUUCCUCUUGUCUUCAGGGUGGGCGCGUGCAUGGUUGUAUCGUUGUCGAUGUUUGUUGUCUGUUUUUUCCAAAAAAGCAUGAUACGACAGUGGUGAUGAUGGUGAUGAUAAUGAUAAAUUCUUCUUGUUCGUCCCUGUGUGAAACGUAUUGUCCGUCAGGGCGUGAUGGACAAAUAGCAGCAGGCUUUUUUUUUUUUUUUUUUUUUUUUUUUUUUACUUUCUUGACCGAUCGUUUGCCGUCCACGACAGCGGGUUCAUUUGACAGAUGUCUGCACUGUCGAUAAACGAGCCACUGUAGCAGAAACGCACCGGCGGACUUCUUCUGUUUCCCCAAAGAUGUCACAUUUGUUACAUGGAGCACAUGUCCUCUAUAGCAACCUGGUCCUUGGAUUCUCCACUGCUGUGGCGCCAUCUGUGGGUCAUCCACGAAAUGAAACAACCAGGAGAGGCUGGUGAACAGAUAUAAACCCUCAUUUUUGUCGGUGAGUCGGUGUGUUGAAUCAAAGAUCUCUUGUGCACGUUGGGUUUUUUUUGUUUUUCUUUUUCUACAUCUGUGUUUUUUGGUAAGAACCCUCGGAUUGCUGCCUCACUAUUCUGUAUAUAAAGAACACACACACAACACAGAGCUUAAAUACAUACUCUCAUAACCUGCAAUCGCAUUAUUUUCAUUUAUUUUUCUGAACAUGAAAGAUAUUCGCGUUAUUCCAGCGGUAUAUACUGUAGGUAUGAUGAUUACUACUCAGCGGGGGGGUGGGCUACACAGACAGACGAUGCAGAUUUCUUCAGGGGCUGCAGACCUCCCCGUACAUCAGGAUCAGCCAUGAAUUCUCACUGAUGCCAAAUGUUUUUUGAGCAGAGUACACCUUUGAAUCUCUCUCCUCUGUCUCUUUAUCUUCUCUGUCUCCUCCCCCAUCUCUCUUUGUACAUUUGUUUUUCUAUUUAUUUAAAGCAGAAAUAUAUGGAUUGUAUCAAGCAUGGAAAGGCAAACAAAUGUUACAGUUGACAAAA